AUGCACAUAACCAGUGAAGUGAGUUCCACCACCACCGUAACGACCACAAAUUCCUCCAAAAAAUCCGGACGUAGUGCAAACAAUGAAAAUAACAACAAUAACAACUCGACAAAUAAUAACAACAACAAUGGUACGGCUAAUAAAAAGCCAGUGGACACAAGUCCAUAUCUGACACCUGAAAAUCUAAUUGAACGGACUGUAGAUGUGCUUUUGGCCGAACAUCCAGGGGAACUGGUCAAGACGGGAUCACCACAUAUUGUCUGCACAACAUUACCCACACACUGGCGUUCAAAUAAAACUCUGCCAAUUGCUUUUAAAGUUCUCGCCUUGGGCGAAGUGAUGGAUGGUACCAUUGUGACAAUACGUGCCGGCAACGAUGAGAACUUUUGUGGUGAGCUGCGUAACUGUACGGCCGUGAUGAAAAAUCAAGUGGCCAAAUUUAAUGAUUUGCGUUUCGUUGGACGCAGUGGGAGAGGUAAAAGUUUCACCCUGAGCAUUGUGAUCUCCACGAAUCCGAUACAAAUUGCCACAUACAAUAAAGCCAUUAAAGUCACAGUGGAUGGUCCGAGGGAGCCGCGUUCCAAAAUACGACAUCCCGGCUUUCAUCCAUUUGCCUUUGGGCCUCAACGAUUCGGCCCAGAUCCUCUUAUGGGUGGUUUACCGUUUAAAUUACCCG